GGGGCGCCGGAAGGGGCGCGCGGAGUGGCGGCCGUUGGCGAGCUACGAUCUGGCCAGGCGGUCCCAGGUGGGGCCAGGCGUUAGCCUGGGCCGUGGCCACCAUGACCAAAGACUCGCCCGGCCCCUCGGGCGGCGGCGGCCGCGGGUCGCUCAAGAAGCCGGGCAGCCCGGGCCCGUCGGCGAUAAUGCUGGAGGAGCAGAGGCGGGAACUGCAGAAGCUGAGGGCCGAACUGGAGGCGGAAAGGACACGCGGCAGGGCCGAACGGCGACGCUCGGCGUCGCAGGCGCGCCAGCUUCGGGAGACAGCCGAGCGGGAGCGGCAGCACCUGGCUGAGCACCUGCGCUCCAAGUGGGAGGCCCAGCGCUUCCGGGAGCUGCGGCAGCUGCAGGAGGAGGUGCAACGGGAGCGCGAGGUCGAGAUCCGCCGGCUGCUGCGCUGGAAAGACGCCGAGAUGCGGCAGCUGCAGCAGCUGCUGCAGCGCGAACGGGACGGCGUGGUGCGCCAGGCGCGGGAGCUGCAGCGCCAGCUGGCCGAGGAGCUGGUGAACCGCGGCUACGGCGGCCACGCGGGGGCACCCGAAGGCCCCGCCGCAGCGCAGUGCCGCUGUCGCCUGCAGCAGGUGCUGGGGCAACUGCGCUGGGACACGGACGGCGAGCAGGCGGCGCGCAUCCGCCACCUGCAGACAGCGCUGGAAAUGGAGCGCCAGCUCUUCCUCAAGUACAUCCUGGAACACUUCCGCUGGCAGCCCGUGUUGCCCGAACCCUCCUCAGACUCGCAAGCCACGCCGCCGGUCUCGCCAAAGCGGCUCCUAGGCUCUCGCCGUGCCCCGGAGCUCGCCUGCCGACCGGGGUCCCUGGAUAGCCUGAGCACCGGCGUGCGCGCGCGCUCCCGCUCUCUGGACCUAGUGCCCGCCGCCCGCAGCACCAGCUCUCCGAAUGACCCAUUUCCCACGCGCGCCAGCUCUCUGGAUUCGCUGGCGCCUGCGCAGUCCCGCUCAGGCGACAACACCUCGAGCUGCCUCAAAGCCUCCGAGUCCGAGGCACGGGCCUCCUCGACAGACGCCUCGGUUCUGGGCUCCCCCUGUGCUGUGUCGCCCUUGCAGCUCCCGCCACCGGCGACGCCGUCGCACAGGAAGCCAGGCGAUCCUCUUGGAGAAGAGGGCUAUGGCAACAGCCAGCUGUGCGAAGCCGCCGCUGCCACCACCACUACCUCCUCCACGUCCUCCUCCUCCUCCUCCUCCUCCUCCUCGCCGCAGCCACCGCUGUCCGAUCCGGACUACAAGGAACUGAUGAAGCAGAACUCGGAGCUGAGCGAAGCGCUGCAGGUGCUGGCGCGCCGCUUCUCGGGGCUGCAGGAAGAGAACGCGCAGCUGCGGCGUGCCAGCUUCUCCGGGCAGGCGGAUGAGAAGGUGAAGCGACUCAAAGUGAAACACGCGGAGCUGACGGGCCUGGCGCUACGUCUGCAGGAUCGUGCCCGCAAGCUACAGGAGACCAACCUGCGGGCGGCGAGCGCGCCGGUGCCGGGCUACAGCCACGCCGACCUGGAGCUGUGCCAGGCCUUCGCCCGCCAGCGCUUCCAGGAUCUGUCGGAGCAGGCGAGCGCGCUCCUGGCCAAGGACAAGCAGAUCCAAGAGCUGCGGCACGAAUGCCACCUGCUGCAGGCGCGCGUCGCCUCCAUCAGUUCGGGCGGCCCCUCGCAUUCCGCGGGUGCUGCCUCCCCCGCUCAGUGGCUGGGCAUCAGUGACUUGGACCGGCUGCAGCGCGAGUCCCAGCGGGAGGUGUUGCGUCUGCAGAGGCUAUUGAUGCUGCAGCAGGGCCAGAGCCCACGGAGCGAGGAGGAAGAGGAAGCGGCGCUACGGCAAGUGCGAGCGCUGGAGCGCAAGUGCGAGGAGCUGGGCGAGCAGGCGGCGGUGGCUAACCGGCGCGGCGACGAAGCCGAAGCCCAACUGCAGGCAGCCUUGAGGCAGGGCGCCUGGUUAGCGGAGGAGAACGCUCGGCUACAGGCGCGGGUCGACUGGGUGCGCAAGGUGGCAGCCGAGAACGGCGACGUGCGCGGGCGGCUGGGGCGCGCGGGCCAGGAGCGCGAGGCCGCCGGCCUGCUGGCGGAGCAGCUGCUGCGACAGGCGGCGCGCGGGCAGGACAGGCAGCAGCAGCUGCAGCACGACCUACACAAGGCCCUGAGCAACCUCCAGGCCGCCCAGCAAGAGGUGCGGACCCUGCAGGGGCAGCCGGGCCAGUCUUCCAGUCAACCCUGCGAAGCCCUCCUAAACCUGGAUUCUCCAUCUCGGUCCAGCAGGCCGGAGGGUUCCACACCGCCUUCUCAGAGCAGCGGAGACAGACCCAAGAGGCCAGAGUCAACGCGAGGGAGCCCAGUUACCCCUGAGGAGGCAGCUUGGGUCCCCCAAGAGUCAGACAGAAGCCUCACAGCCAGCCCAGCCCCAGAAACCAAAACCCAGACCAGAAAAAUCAGCUCCCAUUCCAACUCCUCCUCAGAGGUGGAGUCCCUGUGGGCCACUGUACCAUCCUGCCCAACCCUGGACAUGGACACGGCCAGUGAGGUGGAUGAUCUGGAGCCUGACAGUGUGUCCCCGGCCCUGGAGGCUGGGCCUGCCCAAUCUCCUGCCACCCUCAAAUUCAAGAUCUUCUUGGCCAGGUACAGCUAUGACCCAUUUGAGGGCCCCAAUGACCACCCUGAAGCCGAGCUGCCCCUCACGGCCGGGGACUGUGUAUACAUCUUUGGAGACAUGGAUGAAGACGGCUUCUACCAAGGGGAACUUGAAGAUGGCCGCCGAGGCCUGGUGCCCUCCAACCUCAUUGAGCAGAUCCCAGAGACUGAUAUCUUGGGUUGUCUGUCGUCCAAGGUCAGCGACUCCAGCAAUGACCCCAUUGGCCCCACUCAAAUGCCAGUUGCCUCAUUGCCUGGGGAGGAAGCUUUAGGUCCGGGGCCACCACACAAGACAAGAAAGGUGGGCUCCAAGACUGCAGUGGCUAUGGACACUGGCCAGCUGGGCUCACCAAAGAGCCCCGGGGAGCAGGGCUUCCCCAGACCCCUUCUGGUGGCCAGAGGGGCGCUCUGUGUGGCCCCGAUGCAGCUCCACCUGCAGGGUGUGACGGCUACCUCAGCCGAGAUCGCUUGGAUCUGCAGCAUCAGCAGCCAUCCCCAUGUGGUGUACCUCGACGGCCAGGAGCAUGCCCUGACCCCAGCGGGCGUUAGUCACUACACCUUCCAGAGCCUGCAUCCUGGCACACGCUACCAGGCCCUGGUUGAGGUACGGCUGCCGUGGGACCUGCUACAGGUGCGCUGGGAGACCGUGUCCUCCACCAUCACCUUCGACACGCCACUAGUGGGUCCCCCCGACCCACCCCUGGACGUGCUGGUGGAACACCAGGGCUCCCCAGGCCGCCUGGUGGUGAGCUGGCUCCCUGUGACCAUCGACUCAGCCGGCUCCUCCAAUGGGGUCCAGGUCACGGGCUAUGCUGUGUACGCCGAUGGGCUCAAGGUGGCGGAGGUGCCCGACGCCACUGCCGGGAGCACCCUGUUGGAGUUCUCCCAGCUGCAGGUGUUGCCUGCGUACCAGAAGGUCUCUGUGAGGACCAUGUCCCUCUUUGGCGAAUCCUUGGACUCAGUACCGGCACAGAUCCCUGAGGACUGUCACUCCUGUCCCCAGCCGCCAGAGGCUCCUCCAUUCAGCUACCCCUCUGGUGACCCAUCCGCCUGCAGAGUCACCUUUCCUAUUGGCUCUCAGAAACCAGCCCUGGCUCCUCUUAACGCCAAGACCAACUCCUGCACCUCUGGCAGCUGUGGUGAACCCCAGACUGAGUUCCCGGAUGCCUUCUCCGAAGAAUCCCUGAGCAGGCGGUCCUCUAGGUUCCACUUGAGUUCAGAAGGAGAAUAUCCAAAUUCAGGGCCCGUAGGCCCAAGUCAGGCUUUCACCAAGGCUCGGGAGGCCUGCGGAAAAGAUCUGUCCUUCCAGAACCAUGGGUCACCUCUGCCCAAUGGCCACUCUGGGAGAGAGGAAGAGCGUUUCCGGCAUAGGAGCGCUGCUGGCCAACGCCCCACCCCAGGGUUUGUUCACCUGUUCCCUGAGUGUAGACGGGAGAAAGAAUUGGGUCAGGAAAAACCUUUCCUUGAGAAGGCCCUUGGGUCAAAGCAAGAUGCCCAGGUGUUUGUAUCUCAGCAGGUGGGCACCAGCCAAUGUUUCCCAACAGACUUCCAUAACAUUGUGAAGGAUGAAGAGGAAGAGGAGGUGGAAGAGGAGGAGGAAGAGGAGGAGGAGGCAGCACUGUAUUUGGCUCCGUGGGGCACAGAGAGGCAGGAGCAGAGACAACAGAGUGGGCGAGGGCAGGCUCCCAGGGCCCGGAGACAGUGUCCAGCUCCACUCAGAAAAGCUAUUCCGAUGCCCAGGGCCAGCCCCGUACAGCUAGAACCCACAGCUAGCCCCGAGGUUAGGGUCUUUGUGGCUCCCUUUGAUUAUAACCCGCUCCUGACGUCUCCCCACAGGGAGGCUGGGGGGGAGGAGCUAGCUUUCCAGAAAGGGCAACUGCUGAGAAUCUGGGGCAGCCGGGACCCCCGCGGCUUCUACCAUGGUGAAUGCAACGGGCAAGUAGGCACCAUCCCCGAGCACCUGGUGGCUGAGGCAGAGGCGGGCAUCCAGUGGCCCAAUGCAGGGGCUUGGCGUUUGCUACCCGCCUUGGACCGCCACCUGGAGGCUUUCAAGGGGCUCAUGGGCCCCCAGGGCACCUUGUCCAGGCUUCAGAAGAACCCCAAAAGAACCCUGCUGUGGACCCCAAAGACCAUGCUGGCAGCACUGGACUACGAUCCCAAGGAUGGGCGGGUAGGGUGUGGUCGUGCCAAGGGCAAGCUGGCACUGAGGGCGGGAGAUGUGGUCACAGUCUAUGGACCUGUGGAUGACAAGGGAUUCUACUACGGUGAGUCCGGUGGCCACCGGGGCCUGGUCCCGGCGCACCUCCUGGAUCAAAUAUCCCUCCAUGGAGAAUGAACGAGAAAGGCUGCUUAGCUGUCUUCCCCUGGGAGGGGGAAGGCUGUGGCCUCUGGUUACCUACAUCUUGCCAGAGAGGAAUCAAGUGCACGGACCCUCCCACUAGUAUCUCCCAUCCCCCACUCUCCCACACAAACACUCACACCCUUCUCCCCAAAAGAGGCUAGUGUUGACCCCAUGGCAGUGUCCCCACACAUCUCUGGUAAUCUCUGGAAGCGGCAAGGUUCACAGCACCCGCAGUUAAGACACAUCCAACAGGAAAACAGAGUC